GGAGAAUUGGUAUAAACGACUUGGAUCUUCUGUGACGGAAUCGAAUAAUCGAAGAGUCAACGUCGUCCGUGUCUUACUGUAAUUAUUCGUCCAAAUUCAACCUCCACCAACUAUGGCUUGGCUGGCACUCGCGCUCGGUGCGCUGCUUGCACAACAUGUAUCUGCUCAAACAGGAUCUGCCAGGGGAGCAGAUUUUCUUCGUUUUGGCUGCUCUCAGCUCGUCAUCGAGCGUACCGACCCCCUCGUCGACCCCGGGGUAAUCCCGUCGUCACAUAUGCAUCAAGUCGUUGGAGGAAGCUCUUUCAAUGCUACGAUGGACCCUGCCGACCUCGAUCCGGCCGAACACUCGCAGUGCACCUCUUGCAAAAUGUCCGAGGACUUCAGCAACUAUUGGACUGCCUCCAUCUACUUCCAAUCCCCCGAGAACGGCACGUUCAGGCGGGUCCCACAGAUGGCGAAUGGCCGCUUGAACGGCACUUUGCUGGAGCAGGAUGGGGGGAUCACUGUAUAUUACAUGCAACCGUUCAGUGGCAGCAACAAGAAGGUGACGGUGAUGCCUCGCGGCUUCCGAAUGCUCGCUGGAGACCCGACGCUCCGCAGCAAACCGAGCGGCUCUAUGGCUAUCUGCCAUCGUUGCCUUGCCAAAAACGAACGGAUGUCAGGCGGCAGUGGUGCCCCUUGUUCCGCUAGCGACUCGGCCAACUUCCCCAACAAGCCAUGCCCAGGUGGAAUUCGCGCCACCGUUAUCUUCCCCUCAUGCUGGGAUGGAAAGAACGGCGACAGCCCCGAUCACCGGAGCCAUGUAGCUUAUCAACCAGGCUCAGCACUCGCGGGCGACCAAUGCCCAACUACGCAUCCCAUCCGGAUCCCCCAGGUCAUGUAUGAGAUUAUGUACGAUACGUCGGGGUUCGCGGAUCCGGCGUACUACAAGAACGGAAAGCAGCCUCUCGUAUAUAGUUUCGGCGAUCCCACUGGAUAUGGUGCCCACGGCGACUACCUCUUUGGCUGGAAGGACGGCGCUUUGCAGCGCGCUAUGGAUGCUCUGGGAACCAAUUGCUUCAGCGAAACCUGCCCUGCUCUCAAGUUGCAAGCUAGCGACAUUGCCAUUGGUUGCACCAAGACACAGCAAGCCAGGGAGGAUGUUAGCCCAGAUACUUGGCUUACCGAACUUCCAGGUGUCGCCAAGGUCCAAUAA